UUGGGGGCCGGGCGCCACGGGCGACGGAGUGUCUGCUACCAACUUCCGCAUUGACCCACCCAUCGCGAGAUUUUGGCGGCGCAGCAAUGGCCAGACCAUGCCGCGACACUGCUCCGCCGCCGGCUGCUGCACACGGGAUACGCGCGAGACUCGCAACCGCGGCAUCUCCUUCCACAGACUUCCCAAGAAAGACAACCCCAGGCGCGGCUUGUGGCUGGCCAACUGUCAGCGGCUGGACGCCAGCGGCCAGGGCCUGUGGGAUCCGACCUCUGAGUACAUCUACUUCUGCUCCAAACACUUCGAGGAAAACUGCUUUGAGCUGGUGGGAAUCAGGUGGGUCUUUCUGCCAGCCAACACCAGGACAGGUUGUGAGGCGUCAGAGCAGUGGAUCAGUGGGUAUCACAGGCUGAAGGAAGGGGCAGUCCCCACCAUAUUUGAGUCUUUCUCCAAGUUGCGUCGAACAGCCAAGACCAAGGGGCAUGGUUAUCCACCUGGCCUGCCUGAUGUCAGCCGGCUCCGGCGAUGCAGGAAGCGUUGCUCCGAAAGACAAGGACCCACAACUCCAUUUUCUCCACCUCCUCGUGCUGAUAUCAUCUGUUUUCCUGUGGAAGAAGCCUCAGCGCCUGCCACUCUGCCUGCAUCCCCAGCUGUGAGGCUGGACCCAGGCCUUAACAGCACCUUCUCAGAUCUCCUGGGCCCUCUAGGUGCUCAAGCCGAUGAAGCAGGCUGUAGCGCACAGCCUCCACCUGAGCAGCACCCCUCCCCUCUAGAGCCACAGCCCGUCUCCCCGUCUUCGUACAUGUUGCGGCUGCCGCCACCUGCUGGAGCCUACAUCCAGAACGAACACAGCUACCAAGUGGGGAGCGCCCUGCUCUGGAAGAGGAGAGCUGAAGCAGCUCUUGACGCUCUGGACAAGACCCAGCGCCAACUGCAGGCCUGCAAGCGGCGGGAGCAGCGACUUAGGCUGCGACUGACUAAGCUGCAGCAGGAACGGGCACGGGAGAAGCGAGCACAGGCCGAUGCCCGCCAGACUCUGAAGGACCAUGUACAGGACUUUGCUAUGCAGCUGAGCAGCAGCAUGGCCUGAGGGGGCCAACACCCAGGCUCUGGCCUCUUUUCCUCAGAGACACUAGACUGGAACUGCAUCCACCAAUGUGGCCAGAUGUCACAAUAAAGUGGAUGCUAGAAAGAG